AUGUUUAGAUUCCACAAGCCUCUCGACAUCAUCACGCUCUUUCACAAGGCGAGCUCGCCAGCCUCGGUCAGAUUGGCGACAGCCCUGCGACAGGCGUCAGCUGCUGCUUCUGAGACGUCGACCGAGGACCAGGCCAGCGAUCACUCGGCGCAGAGCCAAGCUGCCCGGCGCGAGGAGUUCAAGCUCGAAAUCACGGAGAGCCCGCCGACGCCAGAUCAGCUCCAGACCAUUCUCGAGUAUGUGGGCCAGAAUCGCAUCUCAAGCAUUGUCAAGGGCGCGACGACCCAAAAGGAGGCGCUGAGGAAGUUCCAAGAGAGCGUUGAAAACUUCCAGAGGCCGGUGGUUGUCGACUGGAACAAUGGCAAGGCGCAGGCCGGUGAAAACGAGUCCGAGAUCCUCAAGAUGAUCAAUGCGCUGCCAAAGUAG